AUGCUUGCAAAACACCAUUUCCAGUCCUACCGGACCGAGGGCCUCAUCGAUGGGCUGGGCCUAAAGACGCUGUUCGCCUUUUUUUCCGCCAAAGCGAUCCGCGGAGGGCCCCGACUACUACCCCAGCUCGCCAUUUGUGUCGUCAUUCUGAUAAUACUGACUCGACUCCUGCCAAAUCACUUCACCGAUAUUGCGUUUGGGUCAAACUACACCAAGAUGUUAAAGUGGAGGCCAAGUGCAGAUAAACAUGAAGAUGGCAGUGCACCCGGAGGACUCAGGAUAGUCGUUUUCGGCGGUGGUGACAUUGCGAGUCCAAAUAAGAUGCCGGGAAACCCGGAGUUGCCGGACCAGUCGUGGACAGAGAUCCUGUGCGAACAGUUGGAAACCUGCUCUUCCCACCUCUCGUACAUGCCACAGACUGAUAUCCAGGGCGGAUCCGUCAUCUCAAAGGCUCUGUAUGGGAUGGCAUUGGACAAGGUGGUUUCCUCACCAAACGCGAGCCAGGGGCCCGGGUACGACUAUAGGUGGAUGCAGGAGCAAUACCCUGUUCCAUCCCACCUGCCCGAUCUCGAGGAGCAAGUCAAUACUUUUCUCGCCACUCCUCCACCCAGCCACCCUCCAAAAGAGACGCUGUGGGUGUUCAAUUUUGGCUACUGGGACAUCUGGCGGAUGGCGUCUCUCCCGAGUGAAUUGGCUAUGGAUAUGAUUGAGGUUCAGGUGAACCACCUUUUCGAACAGAUUGAACUACUAUACCAGAAAGCUCGGUCGGAGGACUCAAUUGCCUAUUCUGACUGGUAUAAUGUUCUGGACGACUCGACUGCGCCAGACAGCGAGAACAGCACAGCCGUUUUCUUGGAUGUCCCCGCCGAACCAUUUCGCAUCUUCAUUGCGUCACCUUUCGACGUCUCACUGGCUCCGGGCUUUGAGACGCUCCGCUUCAAGCCGCCGCACCCGCACUCUCGAGCAGAAGAGAUGCGCAACGCUGUGCGCCUCACUGACCGGUGGGAAAAGCUCACGACCGAGAUGAUCGAUGCGUGGCUGGCGACACCUGACCCUGUUGUCAACGGUACUAGAAGCGAAGUAGCACUUCUGGAGAAGCGAGAUGCAUCCGGAAACGCCGUUCUGGUGCCGAACGCACGCCGUGAAGCAAUCACGCAUGACACACCCAAAUACAUCAGGGAAUCCCUUGUGGAUCGCCAACUCCGCAAUGCCGAAAUACAGGACAGCAACGGGCUGGGUACGAGACCUAUCGACGAGGGAUAUCUUGACGUGUCAGAGCCAUGCAUGCCGCGCGAUGUUCCUUCCAACACCACCACGGCUGCUCACCCCAAGAGAACGCUCUACAACCAGAUGGUGGAUGGCGUAUGCUCUCUGCCGAACGAGCAUCUCUUCUGGACCGAGUUCACCGUUGGCCAGCGAGCCGUCAACGACAUCGGAAAAUCGGCCGCAAGCCGCUUCAACUUGCAUGUGCAGAGGGGAGUCCAGUGGUUGAAGAAGUGGCAAGAGCUGCCCCCAUUGACUGCCCGAGAGUUUAGUGGUUGA